CAACGCACCAGAGAGACCCAGACACGCCCGGAACUCGUCCAAGUUCCGUCCAUCCCACGUCGCGUCUCCAGCGGAGGAGCUAGCUACCUUACGUAGCCGUAGGUUCGUUCGUGGCCAGGCUGUCCCGCUCCAGGAGUUACCGGGUUCCCCAACGUCGCACCCGCCGGCCGACACCGACACUCAAACUCCAUCGCCGCGUCGCGGCCGUUGCACUCCUGCGGCUCCCCGGACAGGAUGCAAGCGAGCGCCCAGAGUCCGCCGCCGCCGUCAUAACCACCCUGCAGACACCUGGGGCCGCCCCAUGGCGCCGGGCAGCGAAGCGAUCGAGGCGGUCGAGGCGCUGGUUCGUCGCGGCAGCCCAGAAGGCGCCCAUCUCGCCGACCCGACGACGUGCGCUGGAGACGACGACGAUGACAAUCCCCGGAUGAGCCAGAAGGGGUCCGAUAUCCUCGACGCCUGCAAGUGGAGGGAUGUUCCCCGCCUGAGAGCACUCGCCGAGUCCGAGGGCGGAUUCCUCAACGACGGCUUCCGCCGCGCCGCUUGGCCAAUCUUGCUCGGACUGCCGCCUCUAGAAGCCGCUGCCACCAGUCCGGGAGACGUUGGCGACUGGCAGGACCUCCCGCGGCAUAGAGACGAGGACCAGGUAGAACUAGACGUCAACCGCUCCUUCGUCUACUAUCCCAACGGCCAGUCCGAAGCGCAGCUCGAGCAAUGCAAGUCAGAGCUCUCAUCGCUCAUCGUCGAGGUGCUCCGCCGACACCCAUAUCUUUGCUACUUCCAGGGAUACCACGAUAUAUGUCAAGUCUUCAUGCUGGUGCUGGAACCACCCUGGCGGGCCAAGGUGGUUGCUCGAUUGUCCAUCCUCCGAAUAAGGGACUUCAUGCUUCCCAGUCUGGGUCCGACGACUUCCCAGCUGCGGCUGCUGCCGGAUCUCUUGGGCAAGGCUGACCCUAAGCUGCGGCAGCACGUUGCCACUAUCGAACCCUUCUAUGCAUUGGCCGGCACGCUCACCAUGUAUGCUCACAACAUCGAGGCCUACCACGAGAUCGCGCGCCUAUUCGACGUGUUCCUGGCUCGCGAGCCCGUCUUCACCAUCUACGUCUUCGCGCAGAUCGUCAUGGACCGGCGAGACGAGAUCUUGGAAAUCGACGAACCCGACAUGCUGCAGGUCGUGCUUGCCAAGGUCCCUCGCAACAUGGACCUGGACGUCCUGAUCGCCAACUCGGUUCGUCUCUUCGACCGCUACCCACCCGAAUCGCUACGCCCCUGGAAGUCCAUAUCCGGCGCGAGCGUCCUCAAGACUGCAAGGGACGUCGGCGUCUGCGCCAGGCAGACACUCGAGGACGGCCACGCGUAUUUCCAGCAACAAGUCAAGGACAUUCGGUGGGCGGACAUGCAGGAUCGGAUCAAGAUGGCAGUGUGGAGAUACCGGCGGCCGGCGAGAGCCUUCGGCAUCGCUAUUGCCGUGGCUGCCCUUGCCUUCUAUCUGCGGCGGAGUCCGACCCUUGUGCACUACAUGAUGUCUUUCUUCUCAAAAUGAAGCACAACAGAGCCUGGUGGGUGGGCAGGCAAUUCUAUAGAUUUUGUUUCCGCCAUGGCUCGAUCGCGCAUAGAGGCCAGGAUGGGACGUCAAAGUAAUGUUACACUAAAUGGCCCAAUACACAACUCCUGUC